AUGUCAACCAAAAACAAAGAGGAACUCAUUAAGAACAGAAGAGAAAGUAAACCUCCAUGUUCAUACGCACUAGCAGAACGCUGGUUGGAUCUAAUCCAUAGAACCCACGUUGUAAAGCCUGUUCUUCUGUCACCUGCUUGGCCACCCAGUGCCAAAGCUGUUCACUACCGCAUAAUUAUGUAUUAUGACAAUGAUGAUGACGAUGACGACGACGACGAUGACCGCAGUGUGCUUACAUACUGCCCUCCGGGACAGAUUAGUGCAACACUCAGAGCAUUGCCAAAGGAGCAUGGAAGACUAAUUGAUGAUACUGGUAUAAAUGGCAUUCGCCUGCAUUGUUCAGAUGGUACAUUCAUUACGUCUUCAGUGGGCCGGUUUGGCACCUGGUCUGAUAAACAGUUCUGCUGGUUUGGCUUUCUGGCUUCAUUCUCACUCCGAGUGUCACCACCCCAAGGAAUUGGCGAUGAUACAGCAGCCAACAACAUCAAGUUUAAAUGUGAAGAUGGAAUCAUUUUGGAAGGAAGUGGACCAGAAUGGGGUACAUAUGGUGCAUGGAGUGACUCCUGUGAACCGGGUGCCAUGUGUGGGCUUCAGACAAAGGUGGAAUACCCCAAGGGGGCUGCUGCGCUGGAUCGUACUGAACUCAAUGAUGUAAAGUUUUUCUGUUGUGAAUAUUUAAUGCCUACUCCUCUGUAUUGA